AUGGUAAAUGAUAAACAGCCAGAGAAGCAGAGUCACGAGAUAAAUGAAGAAGGGAUUUUAUUUAAAUCCACUCUUGCUGUUGGACUUGCCGGUUGUCAUCCCCACCAUAUUCAAGCACUUGUGCAAUUCAAGAACGAGUUUGAUUCCAGCGGUUGCAACCAAACUGACUACUUCAAUGGAGUCCGGUGCGAUAACACGACGGGUGCGGUCACAGAGCUACAAGUACCAAGUGGCUGCCUCACUGGGACUUUGAAACCAAACAGCAGCCUCUUUGAUUUGCAUCAUCUUCGUCACCUCAAUCUCUCUCACAACAACUUUACAUCCUCUUCACUCCCUUCCGAGUUCAGCAAUCUCAACAGAUUAGAGGUUUUGUCUCUUGCCUCUAAUGUCUUCAUAGGUCAAGUUCCUUCUUCAUUUAGUAACCUAACCAACUUAGUCCAGUUGGAUCUCUCACAUAACGAGCUCACUGGUAGUUUACAAAUCGUCCAGAAUCUCACCAAGCUUUCCAUUUUAGACCUUUCAUAUAACCAAUUCUCUGGAACCAUCCCUUCUUCUCUACUCAUGAUGCCUUUCUUGUUAGACCUUGAUCUUAGUGGAAACCAUCUCACCGGCCCUAUUAAUGUUUCAAAUUCCUCUUCAUCAAGGCUCGAGAAGCUGCUCCUUGGGCAUAACCCUUUUGAAGGACAAAUCCUAGAGCCUAUCUCAAAGCUCAUCACCCUCACAUCUCUCGACCUUUCUUUCCUAAACAUAAGCUACCCAAUUGACAUUAGAACCUUCUCGUCUCUCAAAUCUUUGGUGCAGCUUGUUCUUUCUGGGAAUAGUAUAUUGCCAACUAGUUUAAAUUCAGAUCCAGACUUCCUGUUGAACCUAGAGAAAUUUCUUGACGCAUGGCGUCGUUUCUUAACUUCCUCUUACAACAAAACUGGAGCAAGUGAACAAAAGAGAGUCAGAGACUAA